AUGAACCAGGCGGAUUUCGUCCAGAGCGCAGUCGUUGGCGUUGCAUCCUUCCCACUUGGGUACAUUGUCGCUGGUCAACUGGAUCGUAGCCUCGCGCGCCCCGGAAUGUGGUUCACGGGUAUUCUAGGUGCAUUGGGUGGCGUCGCGUUGGCCUUUCAGAACUCCUCGCUGCGUCUGCAAGGCUUUGGACGCAAUGACGAAGAGGUGGCACGGUACCAGCAGUCGACAAAGCAGCAGCCGUGA